CUGCGACCUAGGAGCUACGUAAAGAAACUGCAGAAUAUUGCUACGAGAUGGCGCUAAAACAUUAUUUGUAUUGUACAAUAUAGAAUCGUGCAUAUUGGAAAACCCUUGGUGAAAAUGAGCUCAAGGAGGCUCUUAACCUGCAAUGGAACCUGGAUGUAGCCAAGAACGUGAUCAUGUUCGUCGGAGACGGCCUGGGACCAAAUACAAUCACAGCCUCUAGGAUCCAAAAGGGAGGAGAAGGACAUAGGCUCUCUUUCGAAGAGUUUCCUCAUAUGGGUCUGAUGAAGGUUUAUUCUGCUGACUUAAUGGUACCAGACGCCGCGUCCACUGGUACUGCCAUGGUCAGUGGUUACAAGGUCAACAGCAGAACUAUUGGAGUUGAUGCAAACGUUGUCCACAAUGACUGUGAAGCUUCUCUGAACCCUAACAACAGAGUAGAAUCUCUCGCAGCACUCGCUCUAAGAGAUGGAAGAAGUGCAGGUUUCGUCACCAACAUGAGAGUGACUCAUUCAACACUGUCUCCACUUUACGCCCACACUCCAAAUGCCAACUGGGAGUGCGAUGCUAGCGUACCCCAAGGCUCUCCAUGCAAGGACAUCGCUAGGCAGAUGAUUGAAGACUGGCCCGGCAGAGACUUGAAUGUUAUCCUUGGUGGUGGUCGUCAAGGUAUCAUAACAGGUGCUCAGGGAACAGAAGAAGAUCCCCUCAGCAGAUGGGGCUGUUCCAGAGUUGAUGGCAGAGACCUUUUCGAUAGCUACAGGAUCGACAAAACCAGACGUGGAUUGCUACACAGCAUUGUCUCAAACAAAGAUGACUUGCAGCAGGCCGCGGAAGAUACCGACUACUUAUUUGGUGUCUUCAGAAACGAGAACCUCCCAUAUGAGUUUCAAAGGCCAGAGAAUACUCCAUCACUGGUUGAUAUGACUGAAGCUGCUCUUAAGGUCUUACAAAGGAACAAGAAGGGAUACUUCCUUUUGGUUGAAGGUGGUAACAUCGACAUGGGCCACCACCGUGGUAGGGCCCGCACUGCCAUCGACGAAGCUGUCUACUUCGAUGAAGCUGUAAAAAUGGCCAUCAACAUGACUGAUGAAAGAGACACUUUGAUCAUUGUGUCAGCUAACAUGAUGCACUCUCUCAGUAUUAACGGGCACCCGGCAAGAGGAUCUGAUCUUUUUGGUACCGUUGGUCCAUCAAGAUUUGACCGUCUUAACUACACCGUCCUGUCCUACGCCACUGGAGGCCCUGGCUCAAAGCAAUUUGAAAUCAAGACCGAGAACAAUGAACAAACUGUUGUGAGACGGGAUCCUACCAAGGAAAACACUACAAGUUUCUUCUACGAGCAGGUUGCUGGUAUUACCCUUGAGGAGAACUACCACGGUGGUGGUGACGUCACCGUCUACGCUAAAGGACCAUACGCUCACUUGUUCCACAAUGUGCACGAACAGCAUUACCUCUUCUAUGCCAUCUCCUACGCCGCCCAGCUUGGUGAAUACGCGACAUAAUAACAAGGAAAGUGACCACACCUCAUUGUAGAGGAAGAGGGGCAAUGUUUCUUAAAACGAAACACACAAUCUGAUCUGCACUAUCCCCGAA